AUGGACAUUUCAGCCGAUCAAAUCUCGUGCGAGGUGAAGGCGCGCCUAGAAGCUACGAUCUCAGACAUCGAAGCAGCCAUGGAAAUCGCCAAUGCGCCAUCAGUAUCCCUUGGGGUCAUUCAUGAAGGCAGGGUCCUGUUUCGAAAGAGCAUUGGGCUUCGUGAUGUCGAUGCCAAACUCGAAGCCACUAGCAACACAUCAUACCUCCUAUCGGCAUGCUCCGAGGUUAUUACAUCCGCGGCACUUGGAAUUCUUUUAGCUGAAGGAAGGAUUUCUUUGGACGACCCUAUUCGCAAACAUCUCCCUAGCUUCAACCCGAUCGGAGACCCUCGGAUUGGAGAAGAAGCAACUAUCGCCGAUGCGUGCAUACAUUCAACAGGCCUUCCAAGCGUUUUGUUCCAGGGUCCAGGGGGUGCACUUAUCCAUAGGGCAGAAGACCAUGUCGCUAUGGUGAACGCGCUACCCACUUCCGACCAUGAUGGCCAGCGCUUUGGUGAAUUUUGGGUCUACAGCAGCAGCGCAUUUGGGUUGUUGGCCCUGAUUAUCGGAACUGUAUCUGGGAUGAAGUAUUCGGAUUUCUUGCGACAACGUGUCUUUGCACCGCUCGGUCUGACGCAGACACUCGUUAGUGAAGCUGAUGUUGAAAUAAACGACAACAUAGCUCACCCUUACGUGCGAUUGACUGAUGGUCAUUGGUCCAAGGUCAACAACGAGUUGACAACGGAGAACCACAGUCCACUUCUGGCUAGCCUGGGCAUCAGAAGCUCUGUCAAUGACAUGUUGACCUUUUUGGCGGCAGUGAUGAAUCGUUUUGACGUAGAAGAAGGUCUCGAUAAUCCUCAACCACUCUUGAAUGAAAAGGCAAGCAAUCCAUUGCCAGAGAUUAGUUCUCUCUGGAAUAGAUGGUGGUCCCACCCAGUGGACGAUGAGUUCAACAAUGAAACAGCGCACACACUAGGUUGGUACCGCACAACUAUACCCACUAGCAGACUAGGCUAUGGGUCAUACAACACUUUCGAUGCCAACGGUGGAAACAAGAAUGAUACCCUGCCCGAGAAUAUCCUUGGUCGGGAGUCAGAGCCACGCACCUCGUACGGCCACUACGGGAUCACAAAUGGCUCGGUGGCAACGACGUAUUGUUUCCCAUCAUCGCAUACAGCAAUCAUUGUUCUAGCCAAUGCUGCAGAGGCCGGAGAUGCCCCAGACACCAUUUCGAAAAUUCUCCUCCAAGCUGUGCUUGAUCUGAAACCACGUGUUGACCUCCUCCCUCUAUUACGCGAGCAGCGCAAGCGAUGCCUCAAAGCACACGACAAGGUGAUCGGUGACUGGGAGCAUGGUCGAGAUCUUUCUCGCUACACCAGCUCCGCUCAGGACUUCAUCGGGUCGUACAUCGGCCUUGAUACAUGCCGCAUCAGCAUCACUGCGAGCGAUACUGCCGAGGCCAAAGUUGCCGUGAUAUUCAAUGAUAACGAUUCCACCAAGUGCGACCUCGAGCCGUACAACGACGAUUCGCUUAGCUAUAUGGUUACAGAGCAUGACAAACUGCUUGCGAAGAGCAUGGGCGAUUGGGACCAUUCUAAGGCUGGCGUAUUCGAUUUUGUCAGGGAGAAUGACGUUGUCAAAGGAUUCUGGUGGAAAUGGCACAUAGAUGAAUAUCCAUCCCUAUGGGUGAAAAUUGGGGAGGGAGUUGACCAAAAAGAUAUUGAGCAGACACUAGAGACAUUUGGUCGCUUCCGCACAGUGGAGGUUUGA